CGGUGCUAACCGGCGUUCGUUUAUCCGGUUUACCCGGGAACAAAGUUACAAAAUGCGAUACGGACAACUCGUUAUGGGACCUGCCGGUAGUGGGAAGUCGACAUACUGCGCGACGAUGCAACGGCAUGGGUUCGACGAUAAGCGGAUGAUUAAGGUGGUCAACCUGGAUCCGGCAGCGGAACACUUCGAUUACCAACCGUUCCUGGACAUUAGGGACCUCAUUCAGCUGGACGAUGCGAUGGAAGAUGAAGAGCUGCGCUACGGCCCAAACGGUGGUUUGGUGUUUUGCAUAGAGUAUCUCGUCGAGCACUCGGACUGGUUGCGGGAUCAGUUAUGCGGCGGCGUCGGAUCGGACGAUGAGGACGAUACGAACGGCGGGGAGGAACCGGAAGACGAUUACGUGUUGUUUGAUAUGCCCGGCCAGAUCGAGCUGUACACACACCUGAAGGCGGGCAAUCAGUUGGCCAGAUUGCUGGAAUCGUGGAACUUUCGGCUCUGUUCGGUGUUUCUCGUCGACUCACAGUUUAUGAUCGAUGGCGCCAAGUUUCUGUCGGGCACGAUGGCUGCCCUGAGCGUAAUGGCCAACAUGGAGCUGCCGCACGUGAACGUGCUGAGCAAGAUGGAUUUGCUCAGCAAGGGCCACCGGGGGCAGAUGGACAAGUUCCUGGAACCGGACCCGCACGCACUGCUGGGCGAGGUGACGAACGAGUCCGCCUGGGGACGAAAGUAUCGUAAACUGUCCGAAACGAUCGGCAUGCUGAUCGAAGACUUUAGUUUGGUGCGCUUCACGCCGCUCAACAUCAACGACGAAGAGAACGUGGCCGAUCUGCUGCUGAUGAUCGACAACGUUAUCCAGUACGGGGAGGAUGCGGAUGUUAAAACACGAGACUUUGACCCACCCGAUCCGGACGAGGCCAACGAUGACGACGACGAUGGACGGUUCUAUCGGGGCGAUUGAAUGGCGCGAGGGUCCAUGCUUUGUUGCGAUUGUA